CUGGCCGGGGUUUGGUCGGUGAGGCAGGGGGGGAAGUACGAAGCUGGUCCCGGGUGAUGAUGGAGCUGGAGUCGGCCAGUAACAGAGGCGAACUGGGAGCUGUGGGAGACUCGCUCCAACCACAGACCCCGAGCAGACACGAAAAAAGCCUCGGGCUGCUCACUACCAAGUUUGUGACUUUGCUACAGGAAGCAAAGGACGGAGUGUUGGACCUGAAAGCUGCAGCAGACACGUUGGCAGUGCGGCAGAAGCGACGAAUCUACGACAUCACUAAUGUGCUGGAGGGAAUUGGACUAAUAGAGAAGAAGUCCAAAAACAGUAUCCAAUGGAAGGGUGUAGGUCCGGGCUGUAACACAAGGGAGAUAGCCGAUAAGCUGAUUGAUCUGAAGGCUGAGUUAGAUGACCUGGCUCUCAGGGAACACGAGCUUGACCAGCAGAGAGUCUGGGUCCAACAGAGCAUCAAGAAUGUCACAGACGACUCCAACAACAGCCCUAUGGCAUAUGUUAAACACGAAGACCUCUGUGGAGCUUUCAAAGGUGACACACUCCUAGCAAUCCGUGCUCCCAUUGGCACACAACUAGAAGUGCCCAUACCAGAAGCUGUCCUCAACGGACAAAGAAAGUACCAGAUACGUCUGAAGAGUUCGUCUGGUCCCAUCGAGGUUUUGCUGGUCAAUAAGGACCCGUCCAGUGCCUCUCCUGUUGUUUUGCCCGUCCCUCCUCCAGAUGACGUCCUUCAGAACCUCCCAGCACCAACGCCUACCUCCCAGCUGCCCUCUUCUGCCUCCCAGACCGCCAAAGUAGCUCCAGCCACUUCUACAAAACCUGGUGUCACCACAACAUCCGCUGUUGCCAACCAGACGGCCUCAGUGACAGAAGUGACGAGUACCACGCCACUCACCCCAAUAACAGACACACCCGCUACAGUUACUCAGCAACUUCAGUCCUCUGCCUCGUUGGAUGGAUCCGUGUCCUCUUCAGCCUCUGCAGUAUUUGAACCAAUUAAGUCAGAUCCCUCUGAAUUGCUGGACUUUCCCAAAGAGCUCUCUGAAAUGUUUGAUCCAACAAAAGAGAUCAUGAGUGGAGAUCUGUUGGAGGACUUGAUGUCAUCAGAAGUGUUCUCGCCUCUCCUCCGUCUGUCCCCUCCACCCAGCGACCACGACUACAUAUAUAACCUGGAUGAAACAGAAGGCCUGUGUGAUCUCUUCGACGUCCCCAUUAUCAAUCUCUGACCCCUAAGAUCGUUCUCGGAGCGAGACACCAUUGCCCAAAUAUGCUAAUCUACCUUAAUUUUCUCCAAAUUUCCCCCCACACCGACAGUGAAGCAGAGAAGAGGUGCAGUGUUGACGGACACCUCUGCAUUUACACUGUGAGCUCAGCCUGAGCUCGGUCAGACAACAGCUCGAUGUACAGCCAUGUGAAAGAAGUACAGGCGAGAACAAAACAUUUUAUUAACUGCUUUUCCAAGGAAAGUCAAAACAAGUGACAGAUAAUUAUAUUUUUGAAUUACUGUGUAUGAUGUGUAUGUAAGCGCUAUGUUUGUAUCAGCUUUCAUGUGCGCUUGUGAGUGAAUGUGUGUAGGGCAUGCUUUAUGUAAGUGUGCGUGCACGUGUGUAUGUGUUUUGUCAUGAACGCUUUUUUUUAAAGGACCUGUGUGUAGAAUUUUAUUGGCAUCUAGUGGUGAGGUUGCAGAUUGCAGCCAAAUGAAUAGUCCUCUCCUCACCGUCCCCUUACAAGCCUGUAAGAGAACCCAGAGUGGCAAAAAAAAAAAAAGAAAGAAAGAAAGGCCCAGUGUUUGGUUUGUCCAUUCUGGGCUACUGUAGAAACAUGACAGUGCAACAUGGCGGCCUCUGUGGAAGAGGACCCGUUCCCCAUGUAGAUAUAAAAGGGCUCAUUCUAAGGUAAUGAACACAACAACUCUUAUUUUCAGGUGAUUACACACUAUAAAAACAUUGUUAUAUAUAAUCUAUUCAAUUUCUGCCAAGUCCGUUCCACUACACACAAAUUCUACACACUCCACCUUUAAAGUCAAGAUGUCUUCAGGAAAAAAAAAAAGAGAAACCCUUUUCCUAUCAGGUCAAGUGUCAUGGCAGACUUAACGGAGAACAGCCUUUAUCACCCGGCAGCUGCUCACGCAUGGCUUGUAUGAGUCCAAACACAGCUGGUUAAAUAUGCACUGUCCUCAUGUACAUAGAGAAUAUAUAUUUUGUAUUACCAGCACACCAGACUAUUGUGUAAUAAUGAACUACAUUUGUAACACAGAAAGAGCAAUAGUUUGCAAAUAAAACAACAAAAGAGAAGGUACCAGACUUAAAGUAAAAGUGCUUUUAAUCAUACUGAAUGUAUGAAGUGCUUGUUUUAUAAUCACAGAGGAGUAAUUUGUCUUAAUUAAACCUUUCAGUGUUUAAGUGUUUUGUGCGCACCAGUUAGAGAAAAAGGAUGGUAAUGCUGAGCUACUGAAGCCAGUAAACUUUGUGACAUUAAGCUCGAAGGACCAAAAAGUAAUACAGGGAUUGGGAGAGGUUUCUGGUUGGGUCAAAUCCUGACAUUUUAUAACUUUUAGGGUUUUUUGGGGUGGGGGGUUGUUUUUGUUUUUUUGCUUUUUUUAUAAUUGAAAGUUGAAAAUGCAGAGAGAAGCAGACAGGAAAUAUAGGUGGAGGUGAUUGCGGGGGGGUUGUAUCAUUCAACAAAGGUCCGCAGACACUGGUAAUGUGUGAAAAUGUCUCCACAUCAUGACUGCUGGUUGAUUGUUAACACUUCUACACUGAGAGGAUUGAUUAUUUAAAAAAACAGACUGGCUUUCAGUUUCAUUUUGCCUCUGAACUGUUGGACCUUACAGAUUUUUAUUGGCUCUGAUUUAUAUAUAACUUCAAGAUCAGAGGACUAUCUUUUUUUUUACCCCCCUUCUCCAAAACGAGAAAUCUUUCAGCUAUUGUGUAUGUAUAUGAAUACCAUUGUACUCAGUUAAUUUGUAUGUAAAAGGCCAUGUAUGUAUUUUUAAUGAUGCAGUGAAUAUAGUCAUGUCAUGAAAUAUGCUUCCUUUUUUCCCAUCGCUCGUCUUUGUAUAUCUGGCACAGAUCCCUUUCAAUCAUUUUCACUCUUUCUGUUUAUAGUAAAUGAAAUACUGCCUGUCUCUAAAAAUGAAAAAUUGUUUUCGACUCUAAUUGUUCUCUCUGUGCAUGGGGCAGGUAAUGAGUAGCAGUUCAGGAUGAGUUGUUACUAGUCAGACUGUUAAAAGUAAAAAUGUCAAAAUUGCUCAACGCUUUUUUUCUCUGUAAAAUCA